GGAGAAAACUGAGAACCCAGAAGUGAAAUCAGUGGUCCACGCCGACAGCGAAGCCACAGAUAGAAGGAGCAGUUAGCGGGAUCAUUGCCGGCUCAUAUCGUUUCUCAACCGAAACGAUCCUAAUCUUCUCAACAGAAAACCUGGGCGAUCUUUUCCACAACUCUCAAGAUAUAAAGACCACUGUUCUCUGAUCUACCAUGUCAGCCAAAGCCAUCUCGGAGCAGACGGGGAAGGAGUUCCUCUAUAAGUAUAUCUGUACAUCUGCAGCUGUCCAGAACCGGUUCCGCUAUGCCAACGUGACGACUGAGACCGACUUUGACCGGCUGGCACAGGACCACCCCUGGCUGCUCACUGAGCGGCUGGUAGUGAAGCCGGACCAGCUGAUCAAGCGGCGGGGGAAGCUGGGACUGGUGGGUGUCAACCUGGACCUGAAAGGUGUCCGAGAGUGGCUGAAGACCCACCUCAUGAGAGAGACCAUGGUGGGGAAAGCAAAGGGGAUCCUGAAGAACUUCCUCAUCGAGCCAUUCGUAGCCCACAAGCAGGAAGAGGAGUUCUACGUGUGUAUCUACGCCACGCGGGAGGGAGACUACGUGUUGUUCCACCAUGAAGGAGGGGUAGACGUGGGGGACGUGGACGCUAAGGCCAGGAAGCUUCUGGUAGGAGUGGACGAGAAGCUGACUGAAGACGCAGUGAGGAAACAGCUCCUGACCCAUGUCGCUGCGGACAUAAAAGAGGUUCUGGCCAGUUUCAUCGUUGGACUGUUCAACCUGUAUGAAGACCUGUACUUCACCUACCUUGAGAUCAACCCACUGGUGGUCACGAAGGAUGGCGUGUAUGUGCUGGACAUGGCGGCUAAGAUCGAUGCCACGGCGGACUACCUCUGUAAGGCCAAGUGGGGCGACGUGGAGUUCCCUCCACCCUUUGGCAGGGAGGCCUACCCUGAGGAGGCCUAUAUUGCAGACCUGGAUGCCAAGAGUGGUGCCAGUCUCAAACUCACCCUCCUCAACCCCCGUGGAAGAAUCUGGACCAUGGUGGCAGGAGGAGGGGCUUCCGUCGUCUACAGUGACACCAUCUGUGACCUGGGUGGAGUUGACGAGCUGGCCAAUUACGGGGAGUAUUCAGGAGCGCCCAGCGAACAGCAGACCUAUGACUAUGCCAAGACCAUCCUGUCCCUGAUGACCCGUGAGAAACACCCCGACGGAAAAGUCCUGAUCAUCGGAGGAAGCAUUGCAAACUUCACUAACGUUGCAGCCACAUUUAAGGGCAUUGUCCGAGCCAUUCGGGACUACCAGGGCCCCAUAAAGGAGCAUGAGAUCACCAUAUUUGUCCGCCGUGGGGGCCCCAACUAUCAGGAAGGCCUCAGGGUCAUGGGCGAAGUGGGUAAGACUACUGGCAUCCCCAUCCAUGUCUUCGGCACAGAGACUCACAUGACUGCCAUUGUCGGCAUGGCGCUGGGCCACCGACCAAUACCCAAAGAGCCUCCCGUCGCCGCCCACACCGCCAACUUCCUGCUCAACUCCAGUGCCAGUUCAUCAACCCCAGCCUCCAGCAGGACAGCCUCCUUCUCUGAGAACAAGGCUGGCACCGGGGCCUCUGCUGCCAAGAAGGCCAAGUCAGGGGCCCCUCCAGAGCGACAGGCGACGUCAGACAGUCCAGGAGUCAAGGCGUCAACUCUCUUCAGCAAGCAGACCAAGUCCAUCGUGUGGGGCAUGCAGACUCGGGCCGUGCAGGGCAUGCUGGACUUUGACUACACCUGCUCCAGGGAUGAGCCCUCUGUGUCUGCCAUGGUCUACCCAUUCACUGGGGACCACAAGCAGAAGUUCUACUGGGGCCAUAAGGAGAUCCUGUUGCCUGUCUAUAAGAACAUGGGCGACGCCAUGAAGAAACACCCGGAGGUGGACGUGCUCAUCAGCUUCGCCUCGCUCCGCUCUGCCUUCGACAGCACCAUGGAGACCAUGCAGUACCCGCAGAUCCACACCAUCGCCAUCAUAGCCGAGGGCAUCCCUGAAGCCCAGACCAGGAAGAUCAUUAAGAGGGCGGACGAGAAGGGUAUCACUAUCAUCGGCCCGGCAACGGUUGGAGGGAUCAAGCCUGGCUGUUUUAAGAUCGGGAACACAGGGGGCAUGCUUGAUAACAUCCUGGCCUCUAAGCUGUACCGUCCAGGCAGUGUGGCCUACGUGUCCCGCUCUGGAGGCAUGUCCAACGAGCUCAACAACAUCAUCUCCCGCACCACUGACGGAGUCUACGAGGGAGUGGCCAUUGGAGGAGACCGAUACCCAGGCUCAAUCUACACAGACCAUGUGCUGAGGUACCAGGACACCCCAGGGGUAGAGAUGAUCGUAAUACUGGGAGAGAUUGGCGGCACAGAGGAGUAUACGAUCUGCCAGGGCAUCAAGUCAGGCAGGAUCACCAAGCCUGUGGUGAGCUGGUGCAUCGGGACCUGUGCCACCAUGUUCUCCUCAGAGGUCCAGUUUGGUCAUGCUGGAGCGUGUGCCAACCAGGCCUCAGAGACAGCCGUGGCCAAGAACCUGGCUCUGAAGGAGGCCGGAGCCUUCGUACCCAAGAGCUUUGACGAGCUGGGAGAUGUCAUCAAAUCAGUGUAUGACGACCUCGUUGGCAAAGGAGUCAUCGUUCCAGCUAUGGAGGUGCCCCCUCCCACGGUACCAAUGGACUACUCUUGGGCCCGGGUGAGUAAUCACAACCAGUCAGUGCCACGCUGGCUCAUGUCUCCUCAAUCAAUCCCAUCAAUCAAAUGUAUUUAUGAAGCCCUGUUUACAUCAGCCGAUGUCACAACGUGCUGUACAGAAACCCAGCCUAAAACCCCAAACUGCAAGCAAUGCAGAUGUAGAAGUACGGUGGCUAGAAAAAAACUCUCUAGAAAGGCAGGAACCUAGGAAGAAACCUAGAGA